AUGAUGAGUUCUCAACGCGGAAAUACUCAGCGAAGCAGGCCUCAAAAGUAUCAGAAUACAAGUGCCUUCAAAAACAAUAUGCAUGAUACAUCAAAGAAAACUGCAUUGUUGAACCAGUUAGAAAUGGAUGGAUUAUGUGCAAGGUGUGAAGCGAUAAUCGAGUGGAAGAUAAGAUAUAAGAAACACAAACCUUUGACUAAACCUCGAACCUGGUAUGUUUUAUUUUUUUCUGUUGCCCUAACCCAUAGCCACGUAACUUUCCAUAAUUCCUUCAUAGCUGUCAUGAAGGCAAUGUCAGAUUUGCCUCUGAAAACCAUUAUAAUUAUGUACUCGCAAUCUUGCUUUUCAGCAUUAGAUGUGGUCAGCGAAGUGUUAAGAGGGCUUACUUCACCACGUGUGAGCUCUGCAUUUCUGCCUUUAAUACAUGUGGAAAAUGCGGUCAGGAGAUUAAUGCCGUUCCUCCUUUGUGAGUUUGCUCCUUGA